AUGGCUGCUCUCCGGCAUUCUAUCUGCACGACAGCACGAUACUGGAGACCAAGAACAACCGACCCGUCCUCCGACUGCGUUGCCGGUUUCGGGGCCGUCUUGUGGGACUCUUUCUCCGACAGCACGGUACGGGGGGUUUAUGCUAGGGCCGACCCGGACAAACUCGCCGUGGAGCGCGCCGGGAACGAAUGGGGAGCUAGCCAGGGGAAAGGGGGUUACGGGGACAUGCCUUUGUACAUCAGCAAGACGUUAAUCACCGGGACAAACGGCAUCCUUGAGGACGAUGCACCGAGAUGGGAUACGGCUACGGGGCGGAUUCAUCUUUUCCGUAGGGCCCCACGGCACCAUUGGCGAUCUCAGAGCUCCGUUCUACGUAGCAAGAUGGUCAUCGGCCAUCUCUGUUUCCCCGUGAACGAUCUUUCAAACUCAAGUGUUUGGUUAUCGAGCCAUCAAUUCAAAGGAGAGCUGAGGAGAAACUGGAUGGACGUCUCCACCCCUGAGGCAGCCAAACUUCACUUGCAUGUCAAAACGCAUGUGACAUGGAAUCGUCAUGACUUCUGGUGGUGCAAGUUCAUAACUUUCUACGUGAUACUGCCUACGAGUACCAUCGACUUUGAACUUGCCAGUCACGAAGCUGGGGACCUUAUCAGAUACAGCAUGGUUUCAGAGAGAUACGAGGUCCAGGUUCAGCGAAGCGCCUAG